UGUGUUCUGGAUGCUGUUUGUGAUUCUCACAGCAUUGUGCAACAGAAGCAAAAUAAUAAAUACAGUGCAAUAUGUGGCUCAUUUGCCUUAGGCUUCACAUUGUGAAACUGUUGUAGCAAAUAAGAGAGGGACGGAAACAAUAUGACAAACUAUGAGGAUUGCACUCCAUCAACAGCUGUUACAUUAUAUUAUCUAGUCACGCUACUUAAUGACUUGCGUUCUCAGCUGCAGGACAGAUGAUAUACGGCUAGGUAUUGUUUUGCUCAGAGCAACUCUCCAUCCAUGUUAAAAUAUUUAACAAAGUUUGAAUCAGCUAAAUGGUAUGUUCAUGGCGCAUCUAUGUAAGCCUGUAAUGUCUGCCACCCCUACAUUUACAUUCCCAAUGUGCCACUUUCACACCAUUUUACAGUCUGAAUAACAGCCCAUAAUUCCAGUAGGGUUUUUAUGUUAAAUUCUUUCAUACACGAUAUCCACUUUCUAUAGAUGUAGCCAUACCAAGGAAUAAUAAGAGCUGAAAUGGUUUGAGGCUUUUUCCCCCCAGAUCUGAGAGCGAGCCUGAGGCUGGCAGAACCUGAAUGUGAAAUAAAAUAUUAGUACAGCAGCAUCCUGUUAGAUUUACAUCUAUGUGGAAAAUGAUUUGCUCUCUGGAUAUUUUCUUUCUAGCAGAAGUUUUUCGGCUUUCUCUGUUUGAUUUAUACGAUGUGGACAGUCUAUAGACUAAGGUUCUACAGCAAAUGUAAAAUGUUAAAUGUUUAUUAAAAGCUACAUUUAUUUAUCAUUCAGAAAUAAAUAUAGAAUUUGAAAAGGGAUGAAAUAAUUGCAGCCUUGGUUUAAUAACAGAUUAAUUAAUGAAUGAAUAACUCAGCCCUGAUUUGUUUGUUUGUUUGUUUUAUCUAUACAUUUCUACAGAUGUCUUAUUUUCCGUGUCUUGUGUCCUUACUGAACUCCUCCCAGUGUGUGAGGUUUUUCAGCCUCGGCACUGAUUGAGUCAUAGGUACAUGUUAAAAAGUCUUUCCAGCUACCUUGAUCUUCCAGUCCAGCUCUUCUCCAGCUGGCCGCUUCCAACACCUCUGUGGUUCAGAGCUGGGCGAUGGGGCUCUUUCUUGGUUUAGCUUGUGUCUUUGCGCUUUUUGCUCCUCCGUGUCUUGGUGCUCCUCUGCUGCAGGUUACGCAAGGAGAUGUCACAUUACAUCUGGGUGACAAACUCCAGGAUGAUGUGGUACUAGCAACAAAAUACAUCGAGCGCUUUUACAGUUUUCAGAAAGGUCCACCUGGUCAUAAGAAGAGAAGUCAUCCUUCUUUUUCUUCUAAACUGAUAGACAUGCAGAGCUUUUUCGGACUUAAUCAGACGGGCAGCCUGGACACUGAGACACUGGCUCUAAUGAAGAUGCCUAGGUGUGGUGUUCCUGAUAUUGAGGAAUAUGUUUACAACCGAGGCAACAGAUGGAAGAAAAAUGUGAUAUCUUACAGCAUUGGGAGAUACACCAAUGAUCUACCUGUGAGUACAGUAGAUUCUUUGAUUGGAGCAGCUCUGGAUGUGUGGGCAAAUGUCAGCCCUUUACGAUUCAUCAGAUCUUCCUCUCGGCAAGCUGACAUUAUGGUGGAGUUUGGCUCCAAAUACCAUGGAGACUACUAUCCAUUUGAUGGACCUAAAGGCACACUGGCUCAUGCUUUUGACCCUGGAGAAGGCAUCGGAGGAGAUGUUCACUUUGAUGACGAUGAACAAUGGACAGUAGAUUCUCAAGGAUUUAACCUGCAUUUGGUUGCAGCACAUGAGUUUGGACACUCCUUGGGUUUAAAACAUUCUCAAAACCCACAGUCCCUCAUGUAUCCCACAUACAGAAACCGUCAAUCACAAAACAUGCUUUCCAGUGAAGAUAUUAUCAACAUCAACACACUAUAUGCAUCUUAUUACCCAAGGCUGAAUUGGAACUUUCCAUCUUGGUACACUCGCUUGGUAUAUCCAAGGGCAGUAAAGGACAAAUGCGAUCCUGACCUCUCUUUUGACUCUGUUACUAAUGUAGGAACAUCCAUUUUCUUUUUUAAAGGCCGGUAUUUAUGGAUCAAAAAUAAUAAUAAUGGCAUAAAGGAGGGUCCCAUUAACACUUUCAUCCCAAAAAUGAAUUCAACCAUUGAUGCUGCAUACUGGCUUGGAAAGAACUCCACUACCUUCCUUUUCAGUGGUUCCAGCUAUUGGACUGUGAAGGACUCUCGGAAAGGCUUGCGUCACAAAAUCAGCAACUUUCAUUUCCCAGCCUCAGUGGACCACAUAGAUGCUGCAGUCUACAUUCCCAACACAGGCCACGUCUUAUUCUUUACUCAGGACCGUUACUGGAGAUAUGAUGUGAAACGAAAAGCCAUGGACAAAUCUAACCCACACAUCAUCGCAGAGGAUUUCCCAGGCAUUAAGCCACCCAUCAGUGCAGCUUUGUAUAAGCAUGGUUUCAUUCAUUUCUUUGCUGGAGCAGAGGUGUACAAAUAUGAUGUAAGAAAGAGGAAGGUUGUUGGGAUUAAAAAAGCUAAUUCUUGGCUUGGAUGUUAACGAAGAUUAAAAAGAAUUCUAGCCUGUAAGACUGUAACUGGAAGAAAGUAGGCUGUAUUCUUUGCUUAGAAUUGUACAAAAUGCAGAAAAUCAAAUGAUAUAAACUCUUGAAUCUAUUUGCUAUAUAGUGUGUUAUUGUGCAGCUACCAGUUUGAAAAUCGAUUUCUUAGUCUCCUUUUUAGUGUUCCUAUGAUUCCUAUAACUGUGUUUAUAGGAAUAAAGGACUAUUUGCUAUAAGCACAUUCCCUUAUUAGUCAUUUGUCUAAUAACAGCAUGAAUAUUAGUUUUAGAGCUUGAUAGUGUAGAAUUUGGAUACAGAGAAUAUCAAUCAAAUGUAAUAACCAUAUAAACCACAUUAAAAUAUCCAGGUUUAAGUGUAAUGAUGUUUAAUGAUGUAACUGAUUAAUAACUCUUCACAAUGUAAUGUAUUAUUUUGUCGAUCAAAUGGAAUAAUGGUAUUCAGUCCGAUUAAAUCAAGUUUGAUUUGAUAUAUAACUGGAAACAAUGUAUUGUGUUGUGCAAUUAUUUAUUUAUAUAUUUAUUUUAAUUAAUUUGGAUUUUCCAUUUAUGUUUGACCAACCAACUUAACAAGCUACUGGAAACUUCACAAAAAGAUGUACAUUAUAUCGGUUUUAAAAAAAUAUUAUUAUUGGUGUGAACUGCCUUGAAAAGCACUCCUCAGUUAUUUUUAUAAUUUUAUUUCAUUUCAUACAGGACAUUGGUCAAACUUGUUAGGCUUAAA